AAAAGAGCAGCAGAGAGGGACAGUGUAUGAGACAGGAAGGCCAACGCUUUGGUGUGGUUUUCUGUAUGUUAUGGUAUGCAGGAGAAUGAGGACUCCCUGGAGGACUGGGCUGAGAACCUGACGGAGCUGAGCACCAUGAAGACGGAUCUGUCCCAGUACAUCAUCGCUGAUGAUGUCCUGCUGCUGCAGGAGCAGGUGGAGCAGCUGCACAGCCAGUGGGAGGAACUCUGUUUCAAGGGUGAGGAAGCUGAAGGAGACGUUGGUCACAAUUCAGCAGCUUGAUAAGAACAUGAGCAACCUGCGAACAUGGCUGUCCUGCAUUGAGGCAGAGCUGACCAAGCCCGUGAUAUACAACAUGUGCCACAGUGAGGAGAUCCACAAGAAGCUUGCUGAGCAGCAGUUUCCUGAUCUGCAAUGGGACAUUGAGCAGCAUGCUGACAGCGUGGCAUUGGUGCUAACGCUGUGUGAUGUAUUGCUCCACGAUGCUGAUGCAUGUGGCAAUGACUCAGCAAGUGACUUGAUCCAGCAGACUGCUCGCAGCCUGGACUGUCGCUGGAGGAACAUUUGCUCCAUGUCCAUGGAGCGGAGGCUGAGGAUUGAGGAGACUGGGCAUCUUUGGUGUAAGUUCUUGGAUGAUUAUUCUCAUUUUGAAGACUGGUUGAAAGCAUCUGAGCUCACUGGAGCCAACCCCAAUUCCUCUGAUGUCCUCUACACCUGUGCCAAAGAAGAGCUUAAGAAGUUUGAGACAUUCCAGCGGCAGGUUCAUGAGCGGCUAACACAGCUGGAGCUUGUUAAUAAACAAUAUCGCCACCUGGCCCGGGAGAACUGCACAGAUGCUGCUUGCAAGCUUAAGCUCUUGGUUCAUGAUGGAAACCAGCGAUGGGACUUCCUACAGAGAAGGGUGGCAGCUGUUCUCCGCAGGCUAAAGCACUUUACCUUUCAAAGAGAGGACUUUGAAGGAACCCGUGAAGGGAUUCUUGUCUGGCUUACAGAGAUGGACCUGCAGCUCACCAACGUGGAGCACUUCUCUGAGAGUGACAUCGAAGACAAGACUAGGCAGCUGAGAGGCUUCCAGCAGGAGAUCACUCUGAACACCAACAAGAUUGAUGCCCUGAUUGUUUUAGGGGAGAAUCUAAUCCAGAAGAGUGCUCCACUGGAUGCUGUGCUGAUCGAGGAUGAGCUGGAGGAGCUUCACUCCUACUGCCAGGAGGUGUUCGGCAGGGUGGCUCGCUUCCAUCACCGCCUCAUCAACAGAAGACCGGUUCUGGAUGAGGAUAGGGAGAUAUCAAACCAUGAAACAGACCUGGACCAAUCCUCCUGUGAGACCAAUAGGAUAGUUCCAGUUUUGGGUGGAGUCUCAGCUGGACGGCAGGCCAUGUCCCACCUGCUGAUACCUCCGCUAGAACGAUCAGGAAGAGAAACCCCCGUCAGCGUGGACUCCAUUCCCCUAGAGUGGGACCACACUGUUGACGUAGGAGAGUCAACAUCGCACGAGGAUGAAGAGGAUGCCUCAUUGUUCAGUGCUUUGUCAGUGAAGUCAGUUACGCAGCGUCCCAGCUGGCACCACCCCAGCUUCCUAGAGAGGAAACGUGUCUGCAGAGAAAUCCAUAGUCUGAGCACCAUGCCAGCUCACAACAGCAGCUCUUCACGACAUCAGGGAGGCUAUACAAAGUUCAUGUCAGACUGCAGUGGGAGCAUUAACAAUGUGAAAAGAGUCAAACUGAUCCUCAAUGAUGACCAGGAAGUCGAGGAGGCAGGUCUGAGCAGCAGCACAGCCAGCGGCACAGGUGGGAUUGAAUGCUGGGAGUUGCAGCAAACCCGAAAGCCCACUGCUGAGACAAAGGUUAAAUGUCAUGACCUUGAGCACUGGCACAAACUCAACUCUGACCUCUGUGAUGUCACCUCCUGGCUGGGCAGGGUGCUCCCUGAGCUGGAGAGACUGCAGCACAUUGCUCCAUCCCCCAGCAUCCAAGACAUUGAGGUCAACAUCAAGAAACUCAAAGAGAUGCGGAGGACCUUUAACACCUACAAGUGUCUGAUGAUCUCUGCCAACUUGAGCAGCCAUUACUUCCUGCAGGCUGACGAUGCUGAGCUCCAGGAGCUGCAAGAGGCUCUGUGCUCGACCAAUCACAGCUGGACUCAGGCCUGCAGCACUCUACAGAGCUGGGAGAGGAAGCUACAUUCUGCUCUCAUGCAAUGUCAGGAGUUUCAUGAAGCAUUGCACUCACUGCUAUUGUUGCUCUCUCAAGCUGAGAACAAGUUGCAUGCUGUAAACAUUUUCAAGCUGUCAAUUCCACCGUCUAACCUGAUCCAGCAGCAACACACGCUGAUGACUCUGCAGGAGGAGCUUCAUUCCAGACAUCGUCAGGUUUCAGCUUUGCAGGAGAUCUCUUCCCAGCUCCUGUUGGAAGCCACUUCUGAGGAGAGUAUAGAGGCCAAGGAGAAAAUUCAUGUCAUUGGCAACAAGCUUCAUGUGUUGCUGCAGAAGGUAGCUGCAGCCCUGUGUUCACUGCAGGAAAUAGUGGAGGAGGCUGGUUUUCAGGCAGCUACACCUGUUAGGGGAGAGAGAAGAGAUCUGUCCCUCCAUCGACCUUUGCUCUGCUGGAUCAUACGAGCUGCCUUCUCCCUCCACAUGCUGUUCCUGGUGCUGCUGGUCCUAGUCUUUCUGGUACCGCUGUCUGACCAGGACCACAGCUGUAGUCUGUCCAACAACUUUGCCCGAUCCUUCUACCCAAUGCUGCACUACACCAAUGGCCCUCCACCAACAUAAGAGCUGCCAACCCAAGACACCUGUGUCAGAGAUCUCAGCCAUACUCUUUACUAUAUCGUAGUUAGAACUACCGUUCUCCUACACAGAACAAGUGAUGUGUUUUUUGUUAUAAUUAUUCCCUCGGGAUUUAAAAUAGAUUGUUUAUUAUUUUAAUCUAAAGCCAUAUUGGUUUAUUUUGAA